GUCGCGCCGGCUCAGUGGACGCAUAUCCGCGCCGCGUCGUGACGCCCCGACGCGGCGCUCAACUGAAAACCAGCGAAGUUUCGCACCUCCGCGAUCGUAUCGACCUAUGGGGUACCAAGCAUUCUCGCAAAUACCAUGUAUGCGGGAACUAUACACACUUUUUAAAUGUAUUUGCUGUGUCAAAGUGUUCCUCAUGUUUUUGCUUACAUUGUGAUGCGACAUGAUGAUUGAAAUGAUUCCUGCUGUGAACUUGUUACUUAUCAAGUCCUAUGUAUGUAUCUGCCUUAUCUGAUGUUUUGUUGUACCGUGCAAUGAUACGAUGAAAUUUGUCGCCUUCUCCUGGCGCUUCAACAAACUCGUUUGAUGAAGAUAAUUCUGUUGGGUUGUAAACGUAUAUUUGUUCCGUUUGUUUAGCGUUUUUAAUAUAUAUUGCAACCUAUAUUAUUAAAACGAUUAAGAAAAGGAAUAUAUGUUACAAUCCACUAUUUUUAAUAGAUAUCUAACAAGAUUCAUUUUUGGACUUGAUUGAUAGCGGCACGCUUGCUGCACAUUUCCCACUGUAUCAGCAGCUGGUCAAAGUUUACGUAUAACAGUUUAUAUUUAAUUAAUCUGCGUUUAUUUGCAAAAAUCAAAAUAUCAUUACAAAGUAAUUAAUCGUAUCAAUAACAAGAUAUGAAAAUGUAAAAAGAAGAAUUCUAUUUAAGGAUAUUAACUUUACACCGGAGAAAUCUUGCGCUUAUCACAUUUUAACAAAAUCGUUUAUCAUGGUUUGCUAAGCACACGCUGAAGCUGACACAACAAUGUUUUAUUUUAAUUGAUUGAAAUUUUCUUUAACGUCGAUCCGCAACAAUCAUAUCUGUACAAAUAAGAUUAGACGACUCUCCGAAUAAGUAUUUUUAGACAUAUUUUGAACAGCACUUCUUGACUCUCGUGAUAUUGGUCGAUAUGGAAACAUAGCUCCUAUUAACAUGCAGCAGCGUGUGAUGUAACUGCGAUUUGCGAUUGAGUAUUUAAUCAAUUGCAAAUGAGAUCUGAGAUGCCUGUCGUUGCAAAUAGGUGGCGGUUAUCUCGAGAACUUCUACUUCCUUUCGCAAUGGUUUGCUUGACGAAAGCGUAACGCAAGACCGGUGCUUAUCAUUGUGCGAGAAAAAAAGUCAUAUAAAACUGCGCGGUACCAGCAAAUAAAAUCGUCAAGUGAUACUUGCGCACGCGGUAGAAUCGCUGCAGUACCGAAACGGUUCUCUCUGAAUCGCGAGUGCGGGCAAGAGAUCAAACUGUUUUGAAUCUUUGUGAGAAAUUAAGGUCGGGAAUCACCAAAAAAACGGGUAAUUUUGGAGCGACAAGUUUUACACCUCACAGUGCACCUUACGCGUCCUCCAAUGAUCUUCAUUUCAAAUUGACUGGGAAUCUUGUCGAACUGCGUCUCUCGUUUGCUUUCAUCCCCUCUUUGGCCAGCGUCAGCAUCCGCUUCCGGUUGGAGGAAGAGGAGAUUUUCCUUUGGAGUGCGACUAGUUCUGCACGCGCGGAUUACACGCGCGUUCUACAUGGGACCAAGCAACACGUUUCACUACCGCAACAGUGCAUGAUCAAGAAGAUACCUCGUGCGGCACGCGUCAGGUUUCAACGAGGUUUCAGAUUUCAAAGCUAGCGUUUCCAAGACCCGUAGCAACAUGGACCUUCUGAGUCUGGGCUUCUGCUCCCUCGAAUUGGGAGAUGUGAAAUCGUCGAAGGAGGACUUCCUGCAAGUCGAGUGUAACGAUGUCUUGGAGAAGAACGACGGCGUCAGGGAACGAAGGUGCAGGUUGAGGUCAAACAGGGAAAAAUCACGCGACGAUACUCAGGUAAUCACUCUGGACGAGGUCGCUUGGCACGACGCACUCGAUGAUUGCUGGCUGGUAAUCUACGAUUACGUGUACGACUGUACGGAAUUCCUAAGCAAUCAUCCGGGUGGUCAGGACGUUCUUCUGGAAUAUGCUGGUCGAGACGCCACCUUGGCAUUCAUUGGCACUGGGCACUCCGCUGUCGCUAGGACGAUGUUGGACCGGUACAAAAUCGGCGAGCUUCCACCGGAAGAGAGGAUCUUUCGCAUUCCCGAUGGUGUGAAGGUCUCGGGAUUCUGAUGUACUUGAAUCGUCGACUGCGUCGAGAGCGAGGCGCUUGGAUAAAUAUCAGUCAAGUGUUUUAUCGACAACGGAAACCAGAAGUAUGUCCAACGUCUUUCCAAAGUUAAAUAUUGAUUAAACUUGAGAGCAUCGUUGAAGUUGCGUAAGAAGUUAUUUGGCUUGACUAUAUUUAUAAUACUUUCGUAAGCAACGGAUAUGAUUCAUGUGAACAACUUCGGUGACGUAUGUCGGCUUUAUAUUGUUUCAUAAUGGUAAAAAAGCAUUGCAUCCGGCACGUUUACAUCAUUCGUUAGUGACGAUAAUUGAUCUUCGAUAGCGACUUUAUCAAUAUUUGAGUUAAAAGCAGUAGUGCUCAUAUUAUUUUCCCAACAAAAUGCUAAAUAAGCUUUCUUUGAAGCGCUACUACAGUUUCUAUGAUGGUUUGCAUCGAUGAGUACUUGCAUAUAUUCUUUCUUUUUUUUUAUUUCAUGCGUGCGUCAAAACAGCGCAACGAGCAGAAUAAAGCCGCUGGAUAAUAUAAGGCAAAUACGUUGUCAAUAUAGAAUAAUAACUAAUAGACCGAGUGCGACGCAGCCACGAAGCAUGUUUUGACAAUAUUUGUUGGACAAACUUGAAAAUAUGGUAGACGAUGGUCAAGCAGUGAGGUCAAGUAUGCGUGAUAAACUGUACUUUUGAACAGACUUUGUGUGGACAAUUAAUUGUUGUUGCACUAAUAUUUAAUGAAUUUAUUACUUAUUUGGAAUGAAAUUAAUGCGAUUUUAAUUUAUUGAUAAGUAGAGAUUAAUCUUAUGUAUCAGCAAAACAAACUUUAUUACAUUGACGUCACUUUACUUUUGUUAUUAAAUAAGAUACGAUAUGCAUCGGCGUCAUAUUCCUUUACGAACUUCAUUUCAUAUCACUAUCACAAAAUAUUUAAUAAAAAUUACUAUUUCAUUUGCGUCUUGCGCUAAGAUCGUUUCAUUAAAUACUGCGAAGCAAACUACACACACACGCGCGUACGCACGCACACACACGCGCGCGCGCACACACACACACACACGCACGCACGCACGCACGCACACACGCACGCGCGCGCGCGCUAAGUUGUUACUUGCUGGAUCUUAGAAUAAUUCAUGUUUCAGAGUAGUCGUAUUUCAAGUAGUUGUAUCCUGAUAGGUUUAUACUUUAUUAAUUCGGUGUCAGGUAACAUUGCGUACUGUGGUUAUUGUUUUUGAUACAUAACUCGCAUGAUAUAAAGAUGUUGUUAAUCUUAUCAGGCUCAAUUUAUAACACGUAAUAGGUUUUAAUUCUUCGAUUUUCGAAAAAAUAAUUCUAUUCUUAAUCUUGAUUUUUAGGAAAAAUAAUUCUAUGCUGUGUACUUAAUAGAUCUUUUCAAUAAUUAAUAUUUUAAAAUAAAAAUUACAUAAGAAGUAUUGAAUGAUUUGUGAAAAGUUAUCACAUUUUUAAGUUGUGUGUGUGAGAGAGGAAGAAAGAGAGAGAGAGAGAGAGAAAAAAGUUUUCCAUAAUUCUUUUUUCUUAAUUGCAGAAUAAUUACUUCCGUUUAACAGAAAUGUUGCUGUCCAAAUAAAUCCCAAAUACGGUUUUGUUUUUAUUUAGUGCAAGUAAUCAGUUUUAAUGUAUGUUUUAACUCUUUUCAUGUAUAUAAACUUAUUUUUCACAGCUUGCUCUUAAGAGCUAUAAACUUAAGUUUACUUUUCUACUAAAGUACCGAUUAAUUUUUUCUACUAAUGUGUCGAUCAAAUGUUACUUGUAGUAAAAAUUUGUUUUCUAUGAACACUGUUGUUAUUCUUCGUUAUACGAAUCGAUAUUAUACGAAACCGCAUUAUAUGGGAAUCGAUUAUACAUAAAUGGCACAUUUUUUUUAUAUUUAUGUAAUACAUCAAACUGCACAUAUUUAUAAUAAUACUGCAAUUUAAAAUGCAA